CCGGGCUCAGGAUUCUGCCUCGCUCCUCAGUCAUGCUGCUGCUCCCGCUGCUCCUGGAGGCCACUCUGCUGCGCCUGGCCAGCAGCUCCCACCACCCUUUCUACAACGGCUUCUACUACAACCACAUCAUGAACGACAAGGACAAGGGGCAGGAGAAAGUGGUUUACUUCAAUGGGGCCAAGCUGGUGGUGGAGACCUCCAAAGACCCCAUCUACAGCUCCAAUGGUGCCAAUGUCACCCUGCCCUGCCACUACUACUACGAGCCCGACAUGGAAGCCAAGCGCAAGAUCCGCAUCAAGUGGUCCAAGCUGCGGGAUGACUACACCAAGGAGCAGGAUGUGCUGGUAGCCAUCGGCAAGACCUAUGUGGCCUUUGGGGACUUCCGGGGCCGCGCUCACCUCCACCAGGCUGGCCGUCGUGAGGCCUCACUGGUCGUCAGCGACGUGCGCUUGAAGGAUGAUGGCAAAUACCGCUGCGAGGUCAUCGAUGGGCUGGAGGAUGAGAGUGACGUGGUGGACCUCCGGCUGCAAGGCAUCGUGUUCCCCUACCAGCCUCCUCAUGGGCAGUACAGGCUCAACUUCCACGAAGCCGAGCGAGUGUGCCAGGAGCAGGGUGCCAUCCUCGCCACCUUCAACCAGCUCUUCCAGGCCUGGAGUGAGGGGCUGGACUGGUGCAAUGCGGGCUGGCUGGCUGACGGCACCGUGCAGUACCCCAUCCACCUGCCCCGCAAGCCCUGCGGUGGGCUGCACCUCGCCCCGGGCAUCCGCAGCUAUGGCCCACGCCACCGGCACCUGCACCGCUUUGAUGCCUUCUGCUUCUCCUCUGCACUCAAAGGAGAGGUUUUCUACCUGGACCACCCGGCCGGGAUGACGCUGGAGGAGGCCAAGCAGAGCUGCCAGGAUGCGGGGGCUGAGAUCGCCCGGGUGGGGCAGCUCUACUCCGCCUGGAAGUUCCUGGGGCUGGACCGCUGUGAUGCCGGCUGGCUGGCAGAUGGCAGCGUCCGCUACCCCAUUGCCAAGCCCCGGGCCAACUGCGGCCCCGCAGAGCCUGGUGUCCGCAGCUUUGGCUUCCCCAGCAAGGGCAGAUUUGGGGUCUUCUGCUACAAGGAGAGAUAA